AUGCCGAAGCCUGCGCGCGCUGAGAUCAGCGCGCCCAGGCUUCGCGGACCUCUCCGCGAGCAGCGGCAGCGCGGCCGCUGCUGGCGGAGCGUGGCCGGCAUGCCGAAGCCUGGGCGCGCUGAGAUCAGCGCGCCCAGGCUUCGCGGACCUCUCCGCGAGCAGCGGCAGCGCUGCCGCUGCUCGCGGAGAGUUGCCGGCAUGCCGAGCCUGGGCGCGCUGAGAUCAGCGCGCCCAGGCUCGCGGACCUCUCCGCGAGCAGCGGCAGCGCUGCCGCUGCUCGCGGAGAGCUGCCGGCAUGCCGAGCCUGGGCGCGCUGAGAUCAGCGCGCCCAGGCUUCGCGGACCUCUCCGCGAGCAGCGGCAGCGCUGCCGCUGCUCGCGGAGAGCUGCCGGCAUGCCGAAGCCUGGGCGCGCUGAGAUCAGCGCGCCCAGGCUUCGCGGACCUCUCCGCGAGCAGCGGCAGCGCUGCCGCUGCUCGCGGAGAGUUGCCGGCAUGCCGAAGCCUGCGCGCGCUGAGAUCAGCGCGCCCAGGCUUCGCGGACCUCUCCGCGAGCAGCGGCAGCGCGCGCCGCUGCUCGCGGAGAGCUGCCGGCAUGCCGAAGCCUGCGCGCGCUGA